CAUGGACCUGGAGAAACUCUGGUAUGAGACCGUCUCCUGAGAAAAUGGCGUCGUGUCGCCGACAUGAGUCGUCUUCUCCUCCGUGGAGCUCGGCUCUGCGCCUGCUGGAGGCGGGCUGUUUUGCACCUGUUAGAGGAAAACAACUUCUGGUCAUCACGAAGAUGGUCAUAGCGAGGGAAGAUGAGCUGCUGUGCCAUGGGAAGGACAACACAUUUUACCUGCUGUUUGCAGCACUGGCCAGUCAUCACAUUUCCUCUGGCAUCAAUGACCUUGGGAGGGUGAGCCUGCCAGCAGUUCUUCGUGCAAACCAGGUCCUAUUCAAGUUUUUGUUGAAGUCUCUUCACGUCAGUCCAGACAGUACACUUCCUGUCUCACAGCUGCAGCUGCUGUUGGUUCUAAGAGGUCUGUUUACAGGAAUCCCCAUGCUAGCCCAGCAUAUAGUCACCAGCUGGACAGACAAACUCAAAGCAAGCAGCCUUCCCCAGGAACCAUCUCCAACAAAAGCUGAAGAGAAAGCUGAAGAAAAAUCUGAGGUUGUGCCAGCGGGUGAUUUGCUGGAGGAGCUGACUCUGUCCAGCCUGCCACCUGAGUGUCAGACAGAAGACAGCUCCAUGGACCAAGGAGAAGGUGAGGUCUCUGGGUCUGCACAACGUGGUAAUAACCUGGCCAAAUACUGGCUGGCUGCUAACAUGUCCAACCUGAGUGAGCUAGGAGCCACCAGCACACUUCUGCAAGUGUGCUUGACUUUGCCUCAGCUGAAACGGUUCAUGGAUCAUCACAGUCAGCUGCUGGCAGGUCAUUUGCAACUUCUCCCCACCAGUCUUCGGGAUGCUGUUGCUCUCAGACAAAACCUGAAGGUUCUGACUGAUGAGAUAGGGAUUGUGUGGCACUUGAUGUCAUUACCUAUAUUGGAGCCAUUGACUUCUGAGCGAGUGGACUCACUCACCAAAAUCAGCUGUGCUUGUUUACAUGUGGGUUUGGCAGUGACAGCAGCCCACACUGUAACAUGCUCAGCAGCAAGUACACCUGCCAAGGGGAGCACCUCUCAUCAUCUUGAGGAGGACCAUCUGCACUACACAGCCUCCAUUGUACAGAUGAGUUUAGACGUAUUUGACUCCCUGUCAGCUUUGCUUCAAACUUCGGUGCGAACCAAUGGAAUGAUGGUUCAGAAUAUCCGCCUGCUGGAGGCAUGGUGCAUUCUGGGUGCUCUACACAUGGUGAUGGGACUGUCAUCAGCAGGGCAGGCAGAGAAGACUAAGGAUCCUGUAGGAACCAGGAGGACUGAUGUCACUGCAAAGACCAAGGAUGCUACAACAACACGACCCCUUUCUGGCAAAGGAUAUCAGAUUGGGAUGGAUGGUCUUAUUGUUGCCCUGGCUUCCCAUGGUUUAUCCCAGCUCAAGAGUCUGUUUGAUGACUUCCAUCUGGAGUACCAGAGUCAGAUGACAUCUAACCAGUUCAGCCAGUACCAGAAAGUGGACAUACACACCAGGUACACUGCCUGGGAGCGGAUCCAGCUCCUGACUGAUCAUGUUCCCAUGGUUUCACUCCUCUUUCAUAUCUUCACAUCAGCUUACAAAAAGGCCUGUGUCCUACAACGGCAAAGGAAAGGAUCGUUAAGUUCGGAGCCAGUAGGGAGCUCAGAUUCCAACACCUUUUAUGAAGAUGAUUUCAGCAGCUCAGAACAGAGCAGUGAAGAAGAUGAGGAAGAUGAUGAUGACAGUGAGCUGAUACUUGGUCAUUGGUUCGAAGAGACCAUUUCCCCACAACAAGAGGACGAGCUGGUCCAGGAUACAACAGAUCCCUCUUCUGUCCCUGAUGGCACGCCCCAGAGACAGGAGUUUAAGGGCGUGGCCAGUUUGGAUGCAGUCAAACUAGCAACAGACAGAAGUGAUCCAGAAACUUUGCUGUCAUUGGCUACUGAGGUCCUUACCUUCAUCACUACCUACCUGGUCAACUCCACCUGCCUUCCUGCCAAACAGUAUUUCAGUGCGUCAUUGUCUGACCAACAAAUGGCAGCAGUAGCCAUUGUCAUUAAAGAUCUGGACCGGGAAUAUACUGACACUGAAGCCUGGUGGUUGCAGGGCCUGUCCUCAACCCUGCUGUGGUUCCUCCAUCAGCUGCUCGUCACAGAUGUGCUCCCAGCACCUAUUCAGGUUAAUCUUCUUUCCCACCUUGGUGUGUCCCCACGAGAGACUGGGCCCUGGCCCUUACAUCUGAAGCCCCAUUGCCUGGCUGUGUUAACACGAUAUCUGCUGCUCCAGCAAAGGAAGCUGAGUCCCACUGCUGAUAACACUGACAUUCUGAACAUCUGGGAGAGGUUUCUUGACACUCUGAAGAACAAGUCAAUAAACCAGGACACUUCUGCAGACACAGAUGAUUUAAAUGUAGAACAUCUACAGCUGCUUCUGAUGCUGUUCCACAACCUGAGCUGUAACAACCGGAGAAAAGUCCUUCUUCACAUAGCCACUGGGCUCAUCUCAAUCGCAAAUGCCAGAAACCUGCAGACCAGCAUGCCCCUGGCCCUGUCUCGCCUGGUCUUGGUGUUUAAUUACUUCAUUCACAACUUUUCUGCAAUACCUGGGUACCUUGUGGAACAGGUGAGGAGAAACUUGUUUAGUGGACAGUUUGGGGGUGUCAUCCAGACAACACAACUGGAUGAUGAAAGUAAAGCCAAGAUGUGGUUUACCUUCCCUGAUUGUGAGACGAACUAUAGGAAGAAUGUGCAUAUGGUGGAGUCAAAUUUAGGAAGCAGUUUGAAUCCAAAGUUCUAUGAUUGCCUCCCAGCUGAUAUGUGGACUAAUAGGGACAUUCCUUCUAUUGAUGAAAUGGCAGUGAGGAGCCUGUUGAGUGAGUUGCCAUCAGUGGAGUUAAACUAUCACCAGCUGUACAUGGCCUGUGUCCUGCUGCUCUCAGCGGGAUCCAAGUGUCUCAUUCAGCAGGAAGGCAACAACAAGACUCUUCCUUAUUUGGUGGUUUGCUGUGUACAGUACAACUGGCAGCUGGUAUGGCGGGUUCUGGGCAGCCUCCCACCAUCAGUAUCCUUCCUGAAACAGUUACAGGAAGAUGAGGAUGUAGACGACUUCUCCACACUGCAUGCUCUCCGCUGGCUAGCAAGACUUCCCUCCAGCAUCUACACAGGCUGGGUCAUGGACUGGUUGUGCUGGCAGAACCUCCCUUCCUCAGAAGCAGAAUCACUGCUAACAACCUGCAGUCGCCACAGUCAGGCUGUCAAAACUGCAAUCAAGUUGGCAGAAGAAUGUAUGGCUCGGCAGAUCUCAGAGCUGAGUAUAGUGCCUGGAGAAGAUCUAGUGUGCAGACAACACCUGUCCACCUUCCGAGCUGCCUAUGUCUUGGACUCAGUGAUUGGCAGUUUACAAGUGGCCCUUGAUCAAUGCUUCUUCCAGUCCAUGGUCGACACAGACCCUCACAAAGCCAUGGACAUUGCUCGGAACCUGCUGCCUGCUACUUUUCAACUGGUGGAGAUCUAUGCUGGGCUGGCAAAGUACUGCAUCUUGUAUGAGGAAACAACUGGUGCAGAUGCUAAGGACAUCAGGACUCCAGAUGCUUUUGUUGCCUACCAAGCUAUCCUUGGAGUGGGGUGUACCCGUCUGUCCAAAGUCUCAUCUCUUGGACUGGCUCUCAUGGCCAGUCUGCCACCAGGAAUUCGUAAAGCAGUUGACAACUGGAACAACACAUCAGGAAAUGAUUAUCCCAGCACUGGUGCAUGGAGGAAUACCUUUGCCAAUGAUCCAAUUCCAUGUGAGAGCUACACCGAGUUAGUUGUGAAGGCACAUGUGACUGGGUUGUCCAGCCAGGUGACAUUCUCCCUGAAGUCAUCAGUCAAACAUGUGCUGAUGAGCCUGGUACACUUCUGUGGGGACCUGAUUGUGUGGUGUCCAGAUGCACUCAACUCUCAACAUCUUAUUCAGGUUCUCCAACCACUGCUUCUGGAUGGAACCAGUGAAAAUCUGACAGACUUUCUGAUAAUGACACUGGAACGUGUCCUGGGUCCUUUAGAUGGAGAGGACUUCGCCAGCAGACUUCACUAUCAGCUGGUGGCGACAGCGUACAAGAUCACGGUCAUGCUGAUGACCAGUCAGAGUGGUCUGGAUGAGACCAUUCUGCACGACUGUAUCAAGUUCAUGGAUGUCCAGCUGGAGAAGAGUCCUGGAUGUCUGGCCAUGAAGAAGUUUUUCUGUGAUGACCAGGGAGGCCAGCUGGCAUCUCUGCUGCUGUCAGCUCGUCACAAACUGUCAGCUGCCUUCACCAACAAGGUUCUGAAGUUCUUCAACAAGCUGUUCAUCUUGGCUGAGAAGAAUCCAGAUGAUAAGAACCUGCACAGUCUCUGCCAUUCUUUCUCUUCAAUCAAGGAUGUCAACUCUGCAGAACUACAGGAUUGGCUGACGUGCAUGAUUACAGGAAGUAAAAGUGAGAGUGAUGAUAAAGACAGCUACCUGUCAGAGAACAGGUUCCUGCUGCAGACACUGACCUCUCACCUGGUGAAGGACACCUUCAACCUGGGAGAAGAUGUGGGUCAGACACUUCUUCUGGCUUUACUCCCCAUGGGGACACAGAUGUUACAGGAUGGAGGUACCGGCUUCACAGAUCUCCUUAUUGUCAUGGCAACAUUGGCUGGUGCUGGAUCUGGAACUGGGCAUGUCAAACUGUUCCAGGCAGCCAUUGACUGGAUCUGUACCUUUCAGCAGGCUGUUGCAGUAGAAGAUGUUGGCAUGACAGUGGAGACAGGAAGACAGAACCCAGCUGGGGAGUCCCUGUGUUAUCUGCUGAUGUAUGUGGCUGACGUACUGAUAGCUCUGAAACAAGCCACUGGUGGGGGGCGUUCCACCUCGCCACUGUGUGAGAGAGAAGGGAGUGUACUGGAAGAGACAGACUGGGCUGAUGACCUAGUCCAGGAGGAGGAGGAUGAGGAUGCAGAAGACUCUGAUGAGGACUCACUGUGUAACAAACUCUGCACCUUCACUGUUACACAGAAAGAGUUUAUGAACCAGCACUGGUACCACUGUCAUACGUGCAAGAUGAAUGAUGGUGUGGGAGUUUGUUCCAUCUGUGCCAAGGUGUGUCACCGAGACCAUGAUGUCACUUAUGCGAAGUAUGGGUCCUUCUUCUGUGACUGUGGGGCCAAAGAAGAUGGCAGUUGUCAGGCACUGGUGAAGAGAAUGGCAGUAAGCAGCACAAGUCCCAAUGGAAAUGUCAUCUCCUGUAAGGACAAACCUGGGGAUCUGAUUUAUGACUCUCAUUUUCCAAGUCCACCUGCCCCAGAAGACAAGGUGUGUACUGAUGGACCAGAGCGGAGCAAGGAGGUGACAACAACAAGGAAAAUACAGUUCUGCAGACACCUGGAGUGUUUCACACCUGCUCUGUUGAAAGAGAUGGAGUCCUUAGGAACAGCAGACACUGUUCUACAGCUGCUAACUUCACUCCUGACACCUGCCACAAAACCUUCCCAGGAGUCCUUAUCCAUGGGAAACUCCAAACGUGUGGAACAUGCCCUGAACAGCUGCAACUCAAGCCAAGGUUGUGGAGACUACUGACCAGUUAAUGGUCCCAACCCUUGGAUCUCAAGAAGGAGCAUUUGAAAAUGUGAGGAUGAACUACAAUGGAGAUCAGGGUCAGACCAUCCGGCAGCUGAUCAGUGCACAGAUGCUGCGCCGGGUGGCCAUGUGCUGCCUCACCUCCUCUCAGGGCAGACGUCAGCAUCUCGCAGUCAGUCACGAGAAGGGGAAGAUCACAUUACUGCAGCUGUCUGCCCUACUGAAGCAAGCUGAUUCCAGCAAGAGGAAACUCACUCUUACG